AUGGUGCGCCUGGUGCGGGUGCUGCGUCUGCUGAGGGUGGUACGCUUUUGCAGUGAGCUGCGCAUCAUGGUCAACGGCAUCGCUGGGUCAAUGAAGACUUUGUUCUGGGCAAUGCUAUUGCUGGGAAUUCUAAUGUUCAUAUUUGGAGUGACAUUCAUGCAACUGGCCUACAACCACCUGCGAAACACUGGCAUAGACAUAGAAUCAAGUGGUCUCGUGACUUACUAUGGCACCAUAGGAAGAAGCAUGCUGACCUUGUUCAUGGCAAUCUCAGGAGGAGUUGAUUGGAGAGAUGCCGUCGCUCCCCUGAGUGCAAUGAGCUGGAUCAUCGACUACUUCAUGGGAAUCUAUGUGUUCUUCACUGUCUUUUGCUUUAUCAAUGUCGUGACAGGUAUUUUUGUGGACAAUGCCAAGGAGCUUGGCGAGCAGGAGACGCUGCAUCAGCGUGCCGGGCAGUAUCUUCGCCGCCAGCGCUGGGUGAAAGAGGUCGUCAACCUUUUUGCAAAGAUGGAUGUGAGUAGUGAGGGCGACUUGUCCUAUGAGGAGUUCAUGGCAGAGAUCAAGGAUGAAAGGGUGCAGGACUGCUUCCGUCACUUGGGUAUCAACGUGGAGAACCAUACGGCCGACGAGCUCUUUGAGCUCUUUGACUUCGACGAUGACGGCAAGAUCGAUCCUUUCUCCUUUGAUCAAGCCAUCCGUCAAUUUCACGGCACUGCCAGAAGCAUUGAUGUCUACAAGAUCCGAAGGGAUACGCAGAAGAUCGGCAAGCAGCUGCAUUAUUUGGCCUGCGCCUUAGGAUGUGAUGCACACCGUGAGCUCCUGGAGUAG